UGCCAAAAUUGUUUACGAGUGCAGUCAGCAGAUAAAAAGUGCAGAAAGCGAAAGGCGAACAAGGAAAUCCUCAGUCCCUAUUGCAAUAAAAGAUUCCUGACCAAAGAGGAAGUUGAGUACCAACUAAAAAGGGAACAAAUGGCUAAACGAAACGCGGAAAAAAGAGAAGUUUUUUGGCGAGAGAAAUUUGAAAAUGAGGCCGUACUUAUUGAUGAGGAGGAUCAACAGGAUUUGCUUCAAAUGGCCGGUUCAGUAAAAGAAAAUAAUCUGCCUGAAAAUUUGCAAUGCUUGUGGCAGCAGCAACAAAAAAUCCUCAAAGCCAAGAGCAAGAACGGCUACCGAUGGCACCCAAAGUAAGUUCAAAUAACAGACUGCUCAAAUAAAUUACUUGAUAAUUGUGCCAAUAACAAAAUGAUUGAAUGUGAUUGCUUCUUUACAGCCCAUAUAUAUUUAUAUUUAAUUUUGCUACGAUUUGACCUGUCCGUUAAUACCAGGAGCAUGUAAUCGGACAGGUCAAUUCUGACAGUUGUAUGAAAAUCUAGUGGCAAAUGUCACUAGCUGAUAAAAAUUUAACUACAUAGCACAUGACAACCAAUCAAAAUCAAUGAAUAAAAUAGUGCCCCUUCAAGCUUUUCCGCUUAGACUGGAAAAUAAAAACUGAUUAAAGUAACUGGUAAUAAGACUUUGUGUCAUACAAUUCAUGACUGGAGUGUUGAUCAAUCCAAGCCAACUGAUUUACUUUACAGCUAAACUGCUCAUCUAUUCUGGAAGCUAAUCAUGGUGUCUAUUUUACUGACAACUUUCUUCAUUUUAUAGGAUCAUGCAGUUGUGUAUACAAUUAUAUUGUAAAAACCCUCAUGUGCUGGACCCUCUUCGCAACUUCAUCCGCUUGCCAAGUAAUCGAACAAUCAGGUUGGUUGAUAAAUGUUGAAAAAAAUUUCUGAUCAAAGAGAAACAGAUCAUCAAACUGGAGAGAAAAACUGAAAAAGAGAAAUACUGAAAAAGGAUGAAUGAAACUAAAAUCAAAUCUUACUACAGACUGUGUUAAAAAUUAAAACAAAGUAGAUCAGAGGAAUGAUGACAAUGUUGAGAAUUAUUGUAUCUUGCCUACCAAUAACCUAUUAAUAGUUAAUCUUUAAUAUAUUAACAACUUCCAUUUCUUCAAAUUAACUAAUAAUUAUAUAUUUGCAUACAGGUAUCACAAGAACAAACGAGAGCAAAAGCCAGGCUGGAACAGGGAGAUUGUUGAGUGGUGCAAACAGGCAGCAGAAGACAAAAAUUUGAAAGACUGUGACUACUGGGGUGGCCUUGUCAUUGACGAAAUGAAGGUUGAGGUAAGCAGGCUCAUUUAUAUGGUGAUGGUUAACUCAGAUUUGCAAUAACAAACAUGACUCUACAAACCCUGUUUCUUGUGAAAUUUUUGCCUAUCAUUAAUCAAAAAGGUGACUUUUUCAUAUUUUGACUGUCUCAACUCUCAUUAGAUGUGAUUUGAAAAAUUCUCACUACCAUCAAGCCUCGUCCCUCACUUGGCACCUUAACACACUGAUCUACACAAACACACACACACAUAAAACCUCCCUCUCAAAAAAGUACAGUAGCUUUGUAAACCUUUUAAGCAUAACAUAGAAAUACUCCUUUGAAUAUAUUAUAAACAAUCUGAAACAUGGUCUUAUCUGUUAUCCACCUCUAACAGGAAAAUCUGGAAAUGGUUGUGAAAGGAGGAAAGCACCGUCUUGUUGGUUAUGUUGAUCUUGGUCCCUUACAUGAUGAUAUGCGUGCCUUAGAAGGUAGACACUGUUGCCCAUGGCUUUUAUGGAAAACUAUUUGCACCCUUUGCAUGUUUUCUGAAAUUGAGUCAUCCAUUUUUAUUUUCAUUUCCCUACAAGUGAGUCACAUUUUUUGGUGCUUUGUAUUUCUCCCUUAAAUGUUAUUCUCCUGUGUCUGAAACUCAUUAUCAUACCAAAAAUAAAGAGAACAAGCUUGACAUAACAAGUUCUUAUAAACCUUGUGCAACAUUCUGCAUUUACAAUAAAUGGCAUUUACACAUAUUUAUAUAAUUUAUGUGUAUUACAUAUCAUUAGGUAAGAAGGAAUUCACACUGGCAUCCCAUGUCUUACAGUUCCUCUUUGUCAGCGACUGUGGUUUUAGAUUCCCAGUAGCACAAUUCCCAAGCCAUGACUGCACUCCCAGUGAUCUUUUCUUUCAGUUUUGGAAAGGUGUACGGAUGAUGAAAGAAUACUCUUUUACGUAAGUCAAAUAAAAUAAUAUUAAAACUAUAGUCAUUAGCUGCCCCUGAGUUACCUCAAAUGCAAAUAAAUUUGAAACUGUAAACACUGAUUUCUCACAAGUUAAAAAAAAUUUUUAAUCAAUCACAAAUCACUUGCAAAAUUACUGUCAAAAGCAGCACUGCUUUGUAUUGAUUUAUCAAUUACAAAAAAUUCAAGUAAUCUAUCCUUAUGUAUAUCUAAAAUCAGUCUAUGUAACUGUUUUGUACAAUGGCAUAACACUAAGCCAAGUUGCCCUCUGUCUUCAUGAAUCAAAAGGAUAUCCACAUUAUCUUGCGUAACACAGAAUACUGAAUAUUUGUUACUAAAAUUCUGAGUAAAGAAAUCCUUUAAAAAAAACAUUUGUUUUCUUCUGCUAACAGCAUUUACUGGACCAUUCUUGAUGGUGCUGAUGUGAAUAGGAAAUUCAUCCAAAUGCACUUCCCUGACUACGAACCAGUGGAAAAGAAAUUUGUGGCUUUCAACAUGCACACAGGCGGACCAAUGGUAUUCAUGGUGGAUUGCAAGGUAAAUUCUAAAUUAAGUGUCACAUAAAUUUCUGCUAAACCUACGGGAACAUUUUUCCUUACUAAACUAACAGGUGACCGGCAGUUACAGUUCAAAUGAUCUACACAAGGACAGCAUACCCCACACGACAACCCCAACCUACUUGGAAGGUCUCUUUUAAGUCUUUAAAUGUUUCACACUGUAAUUGAAUGCAACCACCUCCAAUUACACCCCCUCCCCCCUCCUGUACAUCAAUGAAACUUUUGGCACCUGACAUCAAAGGAUGUUUAAGACGAUGUUACGCUCCCAAACAGUAUUUCCAAUAUUAUUCCUAAAGUGGCAUACUGUCCUUUCUAUUAUACAUGAAGGGGAGGGGGCAGUAAUGUUGAACAUCAUUAAACAAUGUACAAUAAUCAUUAAUAUUUACAAUGUCUUCUGAGGGCAAUUCCCUCUAUGCCCUUUACACUUAAUGGCCCAUGUUCCCCCAAAUGGGCUUUGCACGCUUCUGUUUUUGGUUUGAAACGUUUCUUUUGUCAAAUUCAGUGUUUUGAUUGGGCAGAGUGUUUGCCUUUUUCUCACUUGACCUAAGCAUGAUUCCAUACACAAUGAAGACAGCAAUUUUCAAGUAAACGAAAUCAUUUUUCUGGAGAACAGGGCCUUCCACACCGCUCAGGUGAACAUAAGCCUUUAAAGUUGGAGCCUGUGAAAAUGCUCCUGCAGUAAUAUAAUUAUCCAAGUGUAUAACACAGUGUAGUAUUUGUUACUUACAAGCGUACAUGUAUACUGACUAACUGUUGAAUGAAUUUUUUUUUUUUUUUUUUUGCAGCAUAAUUUCAAAAAAAUAAGAAACAAUAUUGAAAAGAGUAACGAAGCAGGGAAGCCAAGAUGCCUAACAGUAGCUGGGAAAAGAAUCCUCUGGAAACAUCUUAUAGACGCAUACAAGUUUGACCAAUCAUUGACAUCUAUCCAUAUUCAUGAGAAGCUGAAAGAGGAACACUUUCAACUGGAUCCAGCACUACGAAUGCGCAAUCAUCUUGCAGAGGAUGUCCUGGACAAGAGGAUGCAUUUCCUAAUAAAAGUAAUAGAUACCUUUAAACAUUGCUACAUAACAGAUUUUAAGAAUACCUCACUAAUUUAUUUUAAAUAUUUGCAAAAGUUACUGCUAACCUAAUAGGGACCAUUGCCCUGUUAGUCAAAGGAAGGUAACUUAUUAACCUCUUGUAAACAAGGCUUUUAGAAAAUACAUGCUGCUGGCAAAAUUAAGCCAGAUGACCAUGGUAGAAAGUUACAUGUUCCACAUCUGGGGCAGUGCACUAGUGCACAUCAUCAAAAUAAGUGCACCUGCCAUUUUCUGACUUAAAGUGUUUAGUUGCUUAUUCUUUGUUUUGCCCCUUUGCAGGCCUACCAACGACAUUUGACAAAUAAUGGAAAGGAUGGCAGUGCACUUGAUGCAACAAUACAAAUGAUAGACCACACAAGUUUGGUAAUUGAAUUUUUUAGUACAAGUAGGGAAGCAGUUAUGAGUAAAGAUGAUUCAAGAAUAAGAAAUCUGGAUGGUUUCAUACAGUUCUUCUCUGAUUGGAAAGAGGAGGCAACACCUAAACAGUUCAUUUCCAGUAAGCUUUGGUUUGAUCUCCAAUCAAUGGUCCAUGGUUUUAAAUCAGUUGUAAAUAUCAAGUUGACAGAAUUCCCUAACUCUGUAAUCAGACAGUGGCUUGUUAAUCAAGAUGGAGUGGAGAACCACUUUUGUCAAACUAGGUCAUGCAAUGGUUCUAACAACAACCCAACAUACAGGUUGCAAGAAUCAUCACAGAACACUAUAAGAUUUGGACAAGAAGGAAUAAGCUCAAAGUGUAAUGCUGGUAUCUCCAGAACCUAG